CAAGUGUCCCGCUCUGUACUUUGAAGGCGACUCCUCCCCAACCCCUAAAACCAGCCUACCUCGGAUUUUCAGCUCUCACUAACCAAAGGAGCCCCAGCCUCCAGUAAGCCCCACCCUGCAGGCCCCACCGGCUUCCCGGUCUUGCUUUCCCUUUGGCUCUGUCCCCACUGAGAAGACCUCUGUCCCAGGCAUGGCGCGUGCUACUGGACCUGUACGGAAGCUGCUGGCCAUCUACACCGGCGGCACCAUUGGCAUGCGGAGUGAGGGCGGAGUGCUGGUGCCUGGGAGAGGCCUGGCAGCCGUCCUGAGGACUCUUCACAUGUUCCAUGAUGAAGAAUAUGCCCGGGCCCACCACCUGCCCGAGGAUACAAUGGCGCUGCCCCUGGCCAGCCCUGACCAGAGGAUCAUCUACACGGUGCUGGAGUGCCAGCCACUCUUCGACUCCAGUGACAUGACCAUCACUGAAUGGGUUCAGAUUGCCCAAACCAUAGAGUACCAGGGCUUCGUGGUCAUCCACGGCACGGACACCAUGGCCUUCGCCGCCUCAGUGCUUUCCUUCAUGCUGGAAAACCUGCAGAAGCCUGUCAUCCUCACCGGAGCCCAGGUGCCCAUCCAUGCGCUGUGGAACGACGGCCGUGAGAACCUGCUGGGGGCCCUGCUCAUGGCAGGCCAAUACAUCAUCCCUGAGGUCUGCCUGUUCUUCCAGAACCAGCUCUUUCGGGGCAAUCGGACAACCAAGGUGGACGCUCAGAGGUUUGAAGCCUUCUGCUCCCCCAACCUGCCCCCUCUGGCCACGGUGGGUGCAGAUGUAACAAUCAACUGUGACCUGGUGCGGAAGGCCAGCCGGAAGGACCAUCUGGUGGUUCACAGCAGCAUGGAGCAUGACGUGGGCCUUCUGCGCCUCUACCCUGGGAUUCCUGCCUCCCUGGUCCGGACCUUCCUGCAGCCCCCACUGAAGGGUGUGGUCAUGGAGACCUUCGGCUCUGGGAAUGGGCCCACCAAGCCAGACUUCCUGCAGGAGCUGCGGAUGGCAACUGAGCAGGGCUUGAUCAUUGUCAACUGCACCCAUUGCCUUCAGGGGGCAGUGACUUCGGACUAUGCAUCUGGCAUGGCCAUGGCAGGAGCUGGCCUUGUCUCAGGCUUUGACAUGACUUCAGAGGCUGCCCUGGCCAAACUGUCCUAUGUGCUGGGCCAGCCAGGGCUGAGCCUGGAUGACAGGAAGAAGCUGCUGGCCAAGAAUCUUCGUGGGGAGAUGACGCUGCCCACAAUGAAUGAACGCCGGUCCUUGCUGCAGGAUGGCAUGCUGGGCUGCAGGGUGGAAUGGCUCCUCAGUCUGGAUGACGGCCAGGAGGCUGAUGCCAUAAAGGAUGAUCUGAUGCCCAGCCUGGCCCUGGCUGCAGCUCAUGCUGGUGCCCUGGACACUUUGCAGGCCUUUUUGGAGCUGGGCAGAGACCUGAACCUGAAGGACUACAGCGGUCAAACCCUGCUGCACGUGGCUGCGCGGAGGGGUCAUGCUGCAGUGGUCUCCAUGCUGCUGCAGAGGGGUGCAGAUGUGAACGCCCGCAAUGAGGAUGGCCAGAGCCCGCUGCUGCUGGCUGUGAGGGGCAGGCAUCAGGGCGUCAUUGGGCUGCUGCGGGCCGCUGGGGCUUGCCUCUCUCCCCAGGAGCUGGAGGACAUUGGGACAGAGCUGUGCAGGCUGGCAUCCAGGGCGGACAGCGAGGGCCUGCGGGCGUGGUGGCAGGCUGGGGCUGACCCGGGACAGCUGGGCUAUGAUGGACGUUGUGCCCUGCACGUAGCUGCUGCGGCUGGGAAUGCAGAUAUAGUGGUCCUGCUGCAGAGCUUUAAGGACAGGGUUGGCACCCAGCCCCAGGCCCACUAAGUCCUGGGCUGGGCCCGUGUCCACUCAGUGAGCUCCAGUUGGUCUGCAGCUGGAGCCUGGCACCUGGUGUUCCACAGCCAGUUCUGGAGACAGCCUGAGGAAGUGGUGUCCAGAGCCUUCUUGGGGACCUCUAGAAGGAGCACAGUCUGCUGGAGACAGUGGCUGCUGGGACUUCACGUGGGAGAGGCUCUCCUCAGACUUUCACCAUAGCCAGUCUUGGGCUGCUCCCAGCUGACAUCCAUCUCUGCUGCAUUAUUUGGUGUUUUGAGACUGACUGGGACUGCCUGGACUCCAUACGCAGGGCCCCUGGGGUGGAGUGGGGGAGCCCUGCCUCUGGUGCACCUUCCCUACAUGGCCGCUACACAGCCUCAGCAGACCUGUUUCCAGGAAGUGCUCCUCGGCCCUCAACCCUCCUGCAGCGUGAGGAUUCCUUACUGCUUGAGGUCCCUCAGGCGCAAACCAGCUGCUUCUGCUAAACUGUUUCCCAGCCUGUUGGCAGGACAGGCUCUGGAGGUCUCUGUUGAUCGGGAAGAAUGUCAAUAAACUUGUUGUGGGGACAUAG